AACAGCUAGUCACCAACAUCGGUAGUUUGCUAGCCAACAGCCGAAACGUACAAGCUCUUUAGACUGUUUUGGUGUAUAUUAUUAACUGUGUUUUAAACGCACUCCUGUCGUAUCUAUGUGUUGCCCCAUUUAAUUUCAUAUUGCGUUGUUUCAAGCAGACCCGCAGGCUGGUUAAGUUACCAGCAGCACUAAUUUAGGCUAGUCGCUAAUGCUAGCUAGCUAGCUAGCUAACAUCUCCGACCAUGAGCUCACUCUGCUACUCUCCCCCUGCUAAAAAAGAGGUCUGCUGGACGAAGAAAGAGGGUCUGUGGCUAAAUAUUGUCGUAAAAGAGGAAAGUGAAGAGGGGAACGUCACAGUAAAAAAAGAAUUAGAUGGUGACGCUGUUCGAGUGAAGGAAGAAGAGAAAGACGUUUCAGUGAAAGAAGAGGAAGACGCGUUCAGAGUGAAAGAGGAGGAUGCAGUUUUUGGAGUGAAGGAGGAAGGGGAGAUUACAGUCACAUUGAAUGAGGAAGAGGAGACAGGAGAUCUGAUUAACACCAGAGAGAAACCAGACUCUCACUCUGACCGCGGGAAGAGUCCUUCAGUGGAACCAGACCCAAAGACGUCCAAACCAGCAAGACCACACCAUUGCUCCCAGUGUGGAAAGAGUUUUACUAAGUUACGGAACCUAAAAGAGCAUGAGAGGACACACACAGCAGAAAAGCCUUUCCAAUGUUCGCACUGUACAAAGAGUUUCAACUGGUUAGGGAAGCUAAAAGUACAUGAGAGAAUACACACAGGAGAAAAGCCUUACCACUGCUCUCAGUGUGGAACAAGUUUUACCCAAUUAGGGACCCUAAAAACACAUGAGAAAAUACACUCUGGAGUGAAGCCUUACCACUGCUCUCAGUGUGGAACUAGUUUUACCCGGUCAAGGGACCUGAAAGAGCAUGAAAGAAUACACACAGGAGAGAAGCCGUACCACUGCUCACAAUGUGGAAAAUCCUUUACCUGGUUAGGUAGCCUGAAAACGCACGAGAGGACACACACAGCUGAGAAGCCUUACCAUUGUUCCCACUGUGGAAAGAGCUUUCCCCUAUUAGGGAAUCUGAACAACCAUGAGAGAACACACACCGGAGAGAAGCCUUACCACUGCUCCCAUUGUGGAAAGGGUUUUGGACAGUUGGGGCAUCUAAAGGUGCAUGAAAGAACACACACAGGAGAGAUGCCUUACCAAUGCUCCCAUUGUGAAAAGGGUUUUGGACAGUUGGGGCAUCUAAAAGUGCAUGAAAGAACACACACAGGAGAGAAGCCUUAUCAAUGCUCCCAUUGUGGAAAAGGUUUUACCCAGGUAGGGAGCCUGAAAACACAUGAAAGAACACACACAGGAGAGAAGCCUUACCAAUGCUCCCAUUGCGGAAAGGGUUUUACCCAAUUAGGGAGCCUAAAAUCACAUCAGAGGAUACAUACACGGGGGGAGAAGACCAAUACUCCCAGUGUGGAAAUCGUUUUGGACAGUUAGAGCACCUGAAAUCACAUGAGACUAGAGAGGCUGUGUUCUGAGGUAUGUUCUUGACUGAGAAUUUGUGAUUUUGUUCAUGCCACAUGAAACCUAAUUGUCUGAAAGCUGUUUUUUCCCCAGCACAAAUUUGAUUAAAAUUUUAAAAUGUGUAUUUUAUUUUGAUUAUGAACUUUGAUUGGUCGUAUACAAGUAUAAACCUUCAGAUAUUGCUUGCUAUAUGAUUUGGAUAUUUAAAACGGUAAACUAUUCAAUAUAUUAAUAGAAUGUACAUUUCUUAACUAACCUUAACCUCUUGAAUUUAGUUUUAUUUAUUUUAGUUAAUUUGUGUACUCAUAAGAGCUAUGUUGUGUAUAGAAAAGUAAAUAUAUUGGAAAUGUAUAUCAAAUUGUUUGGUUGAUUUAUGAUUGCGGAGAAAGAUCUAGAAUUAUUUAGAAAUGCUUAUUAAUGUAUUGAAACCAAGCCAGGAGUUUUUGUAUGGAGUUUCGAAUUUGGUUAACAAAAACAUUAAUGGGUUAUUUGCUACAUGUGCAUUUGAUAGAAUAUACGUUUUGUAAUGCUUAGGUUGUUACGAGUGUACUGAUGUAAGUAGGACACGUGACAUCCCGGCAACUUUGAGAAAAAAGACUUUAUAUCUGAGUUUUGUCUGAGAGUAGCUGCCCUCUCAUUGGCUACAGUUGUCCCACCAGAUAUUGCCUCCUCCAGACUGUCUUCCAUUUUUGAUGACAUUUAUUUUCAUUGUUAGAGCAGCCACUUGAGUAUCUGGACAAUAUAAUGGAUAACCUGUGGUUGAGCUAAUUAGGACAGCUGAUUGGGGCCAGAUAGAAACUGGAAAACGCCAUGUAGAGCUUCAGUUUCUACAGUUUCAUUUGGAUUUAAUUUACCUGCUAUUUUAUCAUUUUUGUACCUUUUGGGAUUUUACAUUUUUGCAAUUCAUAUCACUUGGAACCUGUUAUGCACAAUGAUUUAUAAAUACACUAGAUGACUGACAGGGUGUGCUAUUUUGAACCAUCGCGCCUCCAUCUUGGCACUCCCCCACCAUUGUAAAAUAUAUUUUGGAAGCUACAGAAAUGCAUUUAUUAAUGUCUACAUUUUGUUUUUGACACAUUUAUUAUAUUGCAGACACCUUAAUGCAUACGUUUAAAUUACAUUGUGAGCUAAGCAAAACAUUUUUACAAAUAUAUAUUUAUUUAACUUAAAGUAUAAUUUUUAGAAAGUACUACAAAGAAUACUUCAAUACAUGUAAUUUUAUCCUUCCAACCUUUAAAUUAAAUACUGAAGAAUUCCAUUAAUUCCUAUGGAGGAUUGCUUUUCUGAGGAGUGCCAAUAUGGCCGACUGGAGGCU